AUACUUUUGACAUUACCCACUUUUGAGGUUAUGUUUACAUGAGAACUUUCACAUGUUUUAACAUUUGAAUCAUUUUAAUCAUGGAAACAGUGCCAAAUACUAAAAGACAGGCCCCAAAUAUACUGGUGACUGGUACCCCAGGCGUAGGAAAGUCGACGUUGUGCCAAAAACUAUCCGAAUUGACAGGACUGCAGUGGCUAGAAAUUUCAAAAAUAGCCAAAGAGUACAAUUGUUUAGAAGAAUAUGAUGAAGUUUAUCAGUGUCCAGUGUUGGAUGAGGACAAACUUCUUGACGGACUAGAGGAAGUUAUGAGCAAAGGAGGUAAUAUUGUUGAUUAUCACAGCAACGAGUUCUUUCCAGAACGAUGGUUUGAUGUGGUAUUUGUGUUAAGAGCUGACAACACCACACUAUUUGACAGACUGACAGCUAGGGGAUAUACUGGCAAAAAACUGGAAGACAACAUUGACUGUGAGAUAUUCCAAACAAUUUUGGAGGAGGCAAAAAACUCAUAUAAACCUGAAAUAGUUCAUGAAAUGUACAGCUUAACUCCUGAACAACUAGAAGAUAAUUUGAACAAAAUAUGUCUGUGGCUGCAACAGUGGUUCCAGGAUAAUAAUAGUUGAUUUAUGUUAAUGUUAAUAUAAAGUGUGAAUGACCUUGUUUAUAAUAAAAUUGAUGACUAAAUCUU